GGGAUUUUAUUUUUACUCUGUUCGCAAGACUGCAAACGUGAUUCCGUCAAAUUACCACCGGAUCCUCAAAUUUCCUAUUUUGGUUUUUGCCAUUAGGUAGAUUAAUUUAAAAAUGGCUACAAAAGUGGAUAUGGAAUUAAAAAAGGCCUUCACUGAACUCCAGGAGAAACAAAUAGAAACGAGUCAAAAAAUUAAGUUGCAUGAUCUACAAAUAGAAGGUUUAAAGAGGAAUAAGAAACACGCGAGCUUCACUGAAAGAGAAAUAAAUGCGUUAGAGGAAGGAACAAGAACAUAUGAAGCUGUGGGUAGGAUGUUUGUGUUGACCCCAAUGGCAGAUAUUAAAGAGAAUUUGCAGAAGAAACAGGCUGCAGCAGAAGAGAAAAUUAAAGUUUUGGAAGGUAACAAAAGUUAUUUGGAAAACAGUUUAUUAGAGGCAACAAAUUCUUUGAGGGAAUUAGUUCAACAAAAGCGAUAGAUCUCAAAACAGUUCACAUUAAAACAUGUCAUUUAAAACAGCUUUAUUUAUUUUAUAAAAACUUUGUAUUUCAAAUAAAUACUAAACAUGUACAACAA